AUGGUAGACUAUUAUAAAAUUCUUGAGUUAACACAAACGGCUACGGCUGUUGAAAUUAAAAAAUCAUACCGCAAAUUAGCUCUCAAAUGGCAUCCGGACAAGAAUCCCGACAAUCUUGACGAGUCGACGAAAAGGUUUAAAGAAAUCUCGGAGGCGUACGAAGUAUUGAUUGACGAGAAAAAAAGAAAAAUUUACGACCAAUAUGGAAAAGAAGGUCUGCAAAUUCCUGGAAACAAACGUAGACACGAGGAUGAGUACAAUCCGGUCUUCAAUGAAUGGUUUGUCUUCAGAGAUCCUGAAGAUGUUUUCCGAGAAUUUUUCCAAGGCUCUCCGUUCGACGAUUUAUUUGAUAUGUUGAAUGGCGGCAAUGGACGUCGAGGAGGUCAAAGACACGGACAUCCAAGACAAAACAGCUUACAUUCACCUUUCGGUACUCUUGAUCUCAGUCUUUCUUCGCCAUUUGGAUUUUUCGGCUCUGGAGCAGACUGCUUCUCUUCAUUUAGCAGUUUCUCUAAUGGAGCACCUAUGGGAGGUUCUAAUGUACGGAAGACAACAUCGACGAGUCGUCAAGUGAAUGACAAAACCGUCGACACAUCAUCAACGGGAAACAAUACUGCCGUUCGCGGUAGUUCCAGUGCGAAAAUACCGCAUACCGACAACUUAAAUAGGAUAAAAAAUCAUUAUCAUCAUCCACACACAAGUAUCAAGCACGAAAAGAGUAAACGAAAGUGA